AUGGACGAUUAUCGUCAUCGUAAAGAAUUAUUUGUCAGUAAUUUAAAUGGCACAACACUGCCUGAGACAGGUUCUAUCUUACUGAAUGGUUGUGCGACGUAUUUCCUAUGUCAACUGGUAAAAGUUAACAUUGCAAAGUCUUCAUUCCUUAAUUUUCUUCUUGAAAAUUCUAUUAUCGUAAUUCCACCGUUGUUCGUCUGCACUUUAUUAUCAUCAUUCAAUUAUUUAUUUCUCAUCGUUCUUUGGUCUCUUUGUUUUCUUAUUUAUUUUACGCAAAAAGCUUCGGCAAUCAAACUCAUUCAAACUAACAAUAAAUCAUAUUCUAGUACAAUUGAAUUAUUUCGUGGUCAGAUAUUAAUUGCAACAUGCUUAUGUAUCCUUGCAGUUGACUUUCCUAUAUUUCCUCGUCGAUAUGCUAAAACAGAAAAUUACGGUUAUUCACUAAUGGAUAAAGGCGUUGGCUUAUUUGCAUUAGCACAUGGCAUCGUUAGCGCCGAAGCUCGAAAUAAACAGACAAGUUUAAAAGACUUGUUUCUCGAAAAUUUUAUUCUAUUUCUAUUAGGAUUGAUCAGAUUAAUAUCGAUAAAAUAUUUUUCCUACGUUGAACAUGUCAGUGAAUAUGGUAUUCAUUGGAAUUUCUUUUUAACAUUAUGUUUUAUGAAAUUAAUUGGAUAUUAUUUAUUCAAAUUAAUUAAAAAUAUUCAUUUAUUAAUUAUUUUAAUCCUAAGUUUUCAUGAAUUUAUUUUAUUGAAAUAUUUUCAUUAUGAUGAUUAUUUAAUAUCGUCAAAUAAUUUAAGAACGAAUUUUAUCGAUGCUAAUCGCGAAGGAAUAUUUUCAUUAGGUGGAUACGUUUGUUUAUAUUUAAUUGGAAUUUCAUGUGGAAGAUUUAUAAUUAAAUAUGAAUACGAGCAAAAAUUUAAACAAAUGGCAAUAAGAUUUUUUAUUCUAAUGAUUAUUUUAUGUGCAAUCAGUUAUAAUCCUUCGAGAAAAUUAUGUAAUUUAUCAUAUAUUUCAAGUACGACUGGAUUAGCUUGUAUGUGUUUUGCUUGCUACAGUGUGAUUCAAUGGUUAUUGUUACGAAAAAGUUAUUCAAUUGAAUCGAUGUUAAUUAAAAAUUUCAAUCUUAAAGGUUUAGAUAUAUUUUUAUUAGCUAAUGUAUUAACAGGAAUAGUGAAUUUAAAUAUUAAUACAAUUGAUUCAUCAGAUUUUACAUCAUUCAUGAUCAUUUUACUUUAUAUGUUUACUGUUAGUUCAUUUACAUAUUUUUGUCCAUCGAUCAUUAAAUUAAUUUUGAAAUAUUUAAAAUUAUCGAAAAAAUAA